AUGCCGGACCCUCGGUCUCUGGUGUCGACUGCACUGCUACAGCCGAUCGUGGUGGAGAGCCGGGAGGACGAGGCUGCGUUGGUUUCGAUGGCGGACUUGGGCGCGUUGGGCACGUCGCUGGACAGCUCUGCGGUGUGGUCGGAGUACUGGUCGGCAGACGUGGAAGUUCGCGGGCGCGGCAUGGACACGGCACUGAGCGCGUUGGUCUUCGACGGUGUGCAGGCCGACGUACGGACGCGCGCUGGCGGUAGCGUGUCGAAUGUGUCGAAUGUGGCUUUGUCAACGCUGGCGUCAAACGGAUCGGACGGGUCGGCAGCAGGCUUGCUGCAGGUGUACCCGGUGGCGUCAUUCUCGGGUGUAUUCCGUGGUUCUUUGGUGCUGGUGUUCCGGGAGAAGCGGAAUGCGGCGCAGCGGGUGGAAGUGGUGCGUCCGCUGGCGAUCUCAUGGCGGCGUCGCGACCUGGACCUGUCUGUGGCGCUGCGCUCGAUGGUAUUCGUGAACGAGACGGUAUCGUUGCCGCCGAGGCAGUUAGUGUCUGUGGCUUUGGAUCGCGCGUCUGCGUUGCCGGUCGACGCUCGGCUGGACGUGCAGAGCGUGAGCAUGGCAGUUCCUCGUUGGAGCGACUUCGUGCUGCUGCACCGCGUGAAGAGCGAUGGUGGAUGGCAAGUGUCGGGCGAGUUGCAGUCGAGCGAUGCGAGGUGGCUGAAGACUGCGGAGGUGGUUCUGGCGCCGCGCACGGCCAAGUCUCAGACCGUGACGGUGAGGACGACCGUGACACUGGUGGACGCGGUGUCGUUGCGAUCCGUGGUGGUGAGGGUCUCUCACUUGGUCCGGAGCAUGCCGGACCCUCGGUCUCUGGUGUCGACUGCACUGCUACAGCCGAUCGUGGUGGAGAGCCGGGAGGACGAGGCUGCGUUGCCUUCGAUGUCGGACUUGGGCGCGUUGGGCACGUCGCUGGACAGCUCUGCGGUGUGCUCGGGAGUACUGGUCGGUAGAUUGGAAGUUCGCGGGCGCGACAUGGACACGUCACUGAGCGCGUUGGUCUUCGACGGCGUGCAAGCCGACGUUCGGACGCGCGCUGGCGGUAGCGUGUCCAAUGUGUCGAAUGUGGACUUGUCAACGCUGGCGUCAAACGGAUCGGACGGGUCGGCAGCAGGCUUGCUGCAGGUGUUCCCGGUGGCGUCAUUCUCGGGUGUAUUCCGUGGUUCUUUGGUGCUGGUGUUCCGGGAGAAGCGGAAAUGCGGCGCAGCGGGUGGAAAGUGGUACGUUCGCUGGCGAUCUCAUGGCGGCGUCGCGACCUGGACCUGUCUGUGGCCCUGCGCUCGAUGGUAUUCGUGA